AUGGCCAUCUGCAAACCACUGCACUAUGCGACAGUGAUGAACAGGAGAGCUUGUCUGCUAAUGGCAGCCGCGGCCUGGAGCGCUGCUCUUCUGUACUCUGCCCUGCACACAGGGAACACCUUUAGGCUGCCCUUCUGCCACUCCAACAUCGUCAACCAGUUCUUCUGUGAAGUCCCCCAGCUCCUUAGGAUUUCUUUCUCAGAGGUGUUUACUAGUGAAAUUCAGAUUCUUAUUUUUACUGCAUGUUUAGGUCUUGUUUGCAUUGCGUUUAUAUUUGUGUCUUAUAUUCAGAUAUUCACUACUGUACUGAGAGUCCCCUCAGAGCAGGGCCGGCAUAAAGCAGUUUCCACCUGCCUUCCCCACCUCAUUGUUGUCUCCUUGCUGGGAAGCACUGGGAUGAUUGCUUAUAUGAAGCCCACAUCUGGGUCCCCAUCAGCUCUGGACCUCAUGCUGUCUGUUCUCUAUUCCAUGAUCCCACCA